AUGGACCUUGUAGCAAUUGUUUUAUGGACGAUAAUUUGUUUGAUUACUCCGCAAGGGUCUUUUUCAGCAAGUGUAUCAGGCUCAUGUCUUUGUCUCAAUUACGACGGUGUACACGCCAGAACCGGAGCUGGACUGUCUCAUUCCAUUGUGGCUACGUUGAACCAUGGUGAGUGUUAUGUGCCCUCUGGUGAUGUUCUAACACAUGACGGGUAUCACUGGCAUGAGCUCAAGGACGUGCAUGGUCAUCAUAGAGUUUGGGUAGCCGGGGACUUUCUACAGUCAUCGUCGGCAUCACACUGUAUCAGCAGUGCAGGGUCACACUUUAAUUCCAGUAGUAGUGGGACACACCAUACCUACACUACAGGCAUUGUAUCACAACACUGCCUAGACUGCAUUUGUCACCAAUCAUCUGGAUGCAAACCUGCUCGCUGCGAGUGGGAGGUUUUCGCCCCGGCAUGUGGAUAUUUCCAGCUGAUGGAAGGAUACUGGAGGGACUGUGGGAUGCCUGGAGGGUCCCUGGAUGCGUGUGCUUUCGACCUGAAAUGUUCAUCCAAAUGUGUCCAGCAGUACAUGUCUCGCUACAUUUCACAUAAUGGCUGUCCUCACAAUUGUGAGAGCUACGCCCGGAUUCACGCCGGUGGUCCUGCCGGAUGUACACACAGCUCUACGCUUCACUACUGGAGAGAAAUUGAACAGUUGGGAUGUUCGGCUUACAGCUGA